UGGAGCGAUUAUAGUAAAGCUCGUGUAUUUUCUUGUUGUGGCAGCCGAGACCUAAUCGUUUUCACUCACAGACAAACAAAAUCUGUAUUAACUGCCUCCAAGUGCAUAUAUUCCGAAUACGGGCUAUUCAUUUAACUAGUUCUUUUAGUUUUGAAAGGGUAUCGCAACCCGCCGAAAGGCGAUUCUCGACGAAGACCGCUCGUCAAGAAGACUGGUGGUACUUCAGUGGACCAUCUCGGCUUUUGGAAGCAGUUUGUCAUUCUUCCCAAGGAAGCGGGUGUAAAGGCAUUUGAUCCAGAGGCAGAAGUACAUGCGGGGGUAUGUCACCAUGAGCCGUCCUAUAGCAGCCGACGGAUACUGACCCUGCGAAUGCUGAGCGAAGCGGGUCGAGGGUCGGGUCCGCCUCAGUCUCCUGUGAUUGGUCGCUGGAUGGAAUCAAGGUGAAUGGAACACAAAGAGCAGGAGCUGAACCUGCCAGAGGGGGACGAGACAUGGUGGCCGGAUGGAGUGAAGAGAAAAAGAAAGAAUAGUCAAUGCUCUCUGAAGAGCACGUCUGUGAAGAUCAUCUCUGUUCCAGGGUAUGUUCCCAGCUACCUGGAGAAAGACGAGCCAUGUGUGGUAUGUGGGGACAAGGCCACCGGCUACCAUUACCGCUGCAUCACAUGUGAGGGCUGCAAGGGUUUCUUUAGGAGGACAAUACAGAAGAAUCUUCACCCUUCCUAUUCCUGCAAAUAUGACAGCUGUUGCAUCAUUGAUAAAGUCACCCGCAACCAGUGCCAGCUGUGCCGCUUCAAGAAGUGCAUCUCGGUGGGCAUGGCCAUGGACUUGGUGCUGGAUGAUUCAAAGCGUGUGGCCAAGAGGCGUCUGAUCGAGGAAAACCGGGAACGGAAGAAGAAAGAGGAGAUUGUGAAAACUCUGCACAAUCGGCCUGAGCCCACCGUCUCGGAGUGGGAGCUGAUUCGUAUGGUGACGGAGGCUCAUCGCCACACCAAUGCCCAGGGCCCUCACUGGAAACAGAAACGCAAGUUCCUACCAGAAGACAUCGGGCAGUCUCCGGCCCCCACAUCAGACAACGACAAGGUGGACCUGGAGGCCUUCAGUGAGUUCACCAAGAUCAUCACCCCUGCCAUCACACGAGUUGUGGACUUUGCCAAAAAGCUGCCCAUGUUCUCCGAGCUGCCCUGUGAAGACCAGAUCAUCCUGCUGAAAGGCUGCUGUAUGGAGAUCAUGUCCUUGCGCGCAGCGGUGAGGUACGACCCCGAGAGCGAGACGCUGACCCUGAGCGGGGAGAUGGCUGUCAGUCGAGAGCAGCUGAAGAACGGAGGGUUAGGAGUGGUGUCUGAUGCCAUCUUUGAUUUGGGCAAGAGCCUGUCACAGUUCAACCUGGAUGACUCGGAGGUGGCGCUGCUGCAGGCCGUCCUGCUCAUGAGCUCAGAUCGUUCCGGACUCACGUGUGUGGAGAAGAUCGAGAAGUGUCAGGAGAUGUACCUGCUAGCAUUCGAGCACUACAUCAACCAUCGCAAGCACAACAUCUCCCACUUCUGGCCCAAGCUGCUGAUGAAGGUGACGAACCUGCGCAUGAUCGGCGCCUGCCACGCCAGCCGCUUCCUGCACAUGAAAGUGGAGUGUCCCACAGAACUCUUCCCCCCGCUCUUCCUCGAGGUCUUCGAGGAUCAGGAGGUGUGAACGAGAGCCACAGGGGAACCCGGGGAGGGAAAACUGAUCGUCAAUUUGUUUUCGCAAAGCAUUUGUAUUUUUUGCAUCCUCCUCAUGCAACGCCGAGCCAGGACAUGCACUUAAUUUUGCACCGUCAGCUUUGUCUAGGAUAUGUUUUGGGUUGUCGGCCUCCACAUCUUUCGACAGUCACCUGCCAUUCAGAUUCCUCCCACAGACGGACAGAAAGCAAGCAUGCAUCAACCUACCUCUCAUACCUCGACAUACCUCCCAACCUCAGAAGGAGCUUAUUUUAAAAGCCUGACGAAGAAAUCCACACAUUCAAAAGCCAUUUCCUAACCUGUUUCGGAAACGCUAGCUGCUGUUGUAAGUACAGAGGGAACGUUUGUGAGCAACAUCGAACACCUACAGUUGGGCUCUACACGAUUAACCUAAUUUUCCUCUUAUUACAGUAGUAUUUCAGCCUUUAUCUUCCUCUUUGCACACAUAGAAUAUCUCCUGUGUGAACAUAACUAACUGUGUGCAUUCGUACACAUACAUAAAUAUGAAGUGUGAACUUCUCAUACCUCAUAUGCACCAGCAUACAGACAUACAUGUAGCGACAUGUCCAUGCAUGUAUGUAUGCGUACUAUUCUGCCUGCAUUAACACAUUUAUCUUCUCUUCUUACAAUGCAGCGUCUACAGUCCUCACAUAACUACUUAUCUUCCAUAUCCACUUGUAUGUUACUUAAGCUAAACAUUUUGUGACCUCGUUUUCUGAAUAGCCUCUUGUCGCUUUCCGGCGUGUGACCCAUAUAGCUGUGGUGAGGUAUUUCCUCCUGUAUUCAUCUGUCCUAGUGUUGUCCUUUUGGGCAGACAGAUAGAUGUACAGAUGUAUUAAGCCAUAUGCUGUGGUUUGAGACACAUGCAUCUCCAUGUUAUGGUCUUCAGAUCGCUCAUUGUGCUCCCACUGACCUGGCUCAUCAGACGGCUGUACCAUACGGUAUUACACAGAACUUCAGACACAUGGUAGUGCUAUGGUAUUUAUUUUAGGGGAAUAUUACCCCUGAAAUCCAUCCAUCAUGCCAUUUAUGUGGAGAAAUUAGAAGCACAGGGUCGUGAAUGAUUCCUGAAUAUCUGAAUUCAACAGAUGAUAACAAAAAUAGAAACUAAGGGUUAGAUCAUAAGAGUGAGAGAGGUUGCAUUGGGGCUAAACAUCAAAAUAACCACUUCACCAAAAAGGUGUUGAGCAAUUUUCUAUUUAUUAAAUUGUGUUAUAUGGAAAUAUGAUUAGAUAUUAAAAUUAUUUUAGUAUCGUACUUAAAAAUGUGUUCUUGCUACAUUGUUUCACACAUUAAUCUCCAUUGUUAUUGGAGCAGUCAAUUCAAAACUCAAAAUUUGAAAACUCUGUCAACAUUUACUUAUGCACAAGUUGUUCCUGUUGAGCACAAAACAAGGGCCCUCAUAUAUCAACAGUGCGUACGCACAGUAUCAAACUUUUCUACACACUGUUAAUAAAAGAGGCCACAGAUAUUUUGGAGAAUGUUAGUAACCAAACAGUUGACGGUACCCAUUGACUUCCAUAGUAUGGGGGGAGGGGGAUAUCCUGGGCCAUCAACUGUUUGGAUACCAGCAUUCUCCAAAAUAUCUUCUUGUGUGUUUGACAAAGUAAAGAAACUCAUACAGGUUUUGAACAAAUGGACGGUGAGUAAAUGAUGAAUGAAUUUAAAUUUUUGUGUGAACUGUCUGUUUAAAUCAAACAAAUAAGCUUCAUUUCAACAUUUCAAGCUGCAGUUUCAUCAGUUAAUUACAUCAGAGCUCAUUCUCGGUUUGUUGUGAAAUGUUUAUACAGAAUUACAGUUAGCAUGAAAUGAAUAUUCACAACAUCAGUUUUCUAAAUGCACAUUGUUUAUGGUUUUGUGAACUAUUCAUUUGUUCAGAUAUGCAUUUUCAGCACUGUUAUGUUUAAUCAAAAUCAUAUAGACUCAGAUGUAUGUCACAAUACAGAAGGAAAGAUAAGUUACAUACAAGAAAGAUAAAAAUGUUUUCCCAAUUACAGAUUCAUUCAUUUACAAAUUGCUAGUUUUCUGACUUAAUCACUUUCAACAAAACUGAAAAUCAAGUUUUUAUUGCUAAAUAUAUUAUAUAAUUUCAGGGGUUCUCAUUAGCUACAUCUCCAACAUUUACAAUAAUAAUAAAAAAAAAAACUUACAAUAAAUGGCUUCAAAUAAUAAACCUUAUUUAUAGGUCCUCAGGGAAGUUCUGUAGUUGUGUCCGGAGAGGUCAAUUAAAAAUAGAAAGGACUUUUAGCCCCAUUGUACCCUACAUCUUGGCUGACUUUGAAAGCAGAGAACAUACAAUCUCCACAACCUUCUUGCAAGAGGAAAUGAAAUGAGUGUCACUUACCUCUCCAUGUCUUCAAACAGACUCUACCUCAUCCCUCAUCUGUGUAUCACAGUCUACAAAGCACUUUUUGCCACUCACCUGCUCAUGCAUAUAUAUUCCUGCUUAAACCUGUACAUAAACAUGCACACAUGCACACUAAAAAGUCACAUACCUCUCUCAUGUGUGUGUGUGUGUAGUGGAUCCCUUUCACUUGUGAUGUGGGACCAAGUCUCAGUCUUGUUCCCUGUUUCUGAGGACAGUAAGAAUGUGCCGGACUGAAUGAAUUUCAGUGUGCUGCUGUGACAGAGCUAAACGAUUGCUUAGCAGAUUAUUUUGCUUUAGAGAAGCAGCACAGGAAGAUGGCUCCUGAGUAACAUGAACCUCAUUUUUUGUCAGCCCAGUUCUGUGGUCCCUGAGCUGUUCAUGUGUGCACGUACAUCUCACACAAGAACUUUACAUGAACUCUUCCCCAGCAAAGGACACAGCCAGACUCCCAUUGUAGUUUAACCAGUUGAAUUCUUCUGGUUCAGACGCAUAGCAGGGUUUCAAUGUCCUUUUUGACUGAUACUGUGUCAGUAUGGCUCCAGGAAGUGACACAGAGGAACAAAAGGGCAAAAAGGACAGACUCACUGUGACUAGCUAAACUCAGGCACGGAGCUCCCAUGAGGCCAUGCACCUGACUCAGGCUCAAUCUAAGCCACCAGCACUGCAGACACGCACUGCCCACAGUCACAAACUACUGCACCAGCACGGCUCAGUUCGGCUGAGCCCUGCCCACACACCCUGUUCUUGAGGACGGGGAAUCAGGAAGCCAUUUGUUUUGCCGGACGUCCAAACCUGGUUUACAGCACUUUCAUUAGAGCAGAAUUCAGUCCUUUACACCUAGCCAGAUCAUGACUAUGUUGAUUGAGACUUGGACUCUUAAAGGAGUCAUAUCAUGGUAUUUUGAAAUAAAAGUUCAUUGUACCCUCAAAUCAGACUGUAACUUUCAGAACUUCUUCCCUUGUGCAAAUUUAAAGGGCAUUUACUGAAACUAUGCAGCAAAAAUGUAUUUUUCUCAAUAGUAACACGACCAUAAACAUUUACAUAGCAAUUCAUAUUGGUGUCCACUCACAAUUACAAAGAAGGAUAGGUAAUAUUAUUGCUAAAUCACCAGAAUGAGUUUAAUUUUUGAUACUGCGUCAAACUUUGUGCUUUUCCUGGCUGUGUGUAGCACCUACAGCUCUGCAGAUCCCAGUGUUGAAGGAAUAGUUCACUCAAAAAUGACAAUUCUGUCAUCAUUUACUCUUUACUUAUUAUUGUUAUUCCAGGUCCUAAGACUUUUGGAUUUGUCUUUAAACACACAUGAGGAUAUUUUUUAUAUAUUCUCCUAUUUGUCUCUUAAAGUCCACUCAAUCUAAGGUUUGAUGCAUCAAAAAGAACAGAGAACAGUAAUCUAUAUGAAUCAAGCUGUUUAAAUUGUCUUCUAUAGAGACUCAUAUGCUUUAUACAGAGAACCGCACAUGACAUGCAAGAAAAAAUAGUAGGCUAAAUUGUGCUCACAAUUUACUAAUUCAUUCCCUCAAUGUACUAAAAUGUGCACGCGAUUACUAUUUCGUUCACUCGAUUUAUAAAUUGUGUGCAAGAUUUAUUAAUUCAUUCACUCGAUUUGCUAAAUCAUGUACAUGAUUUAGCAAAUCGAGGGAAUGCAAUAGUAAUCAUGUGCAUGUUUUAGUACACUGAGGGAACGAAUUAGUAAAUUGUGCGCACAAUUUAUUUAUUUUUUCUUGCAUGUCAUGUCUGGGGCUACAUAGCUUUAUAUGUUAAUUUAGGAUGUUAUUUUUCAAAUACGAACAUAUAUAUAUUUCGGACUAUAAGUCGCACCUGAGUAUAAGUCACAUCAGUCCAAAAAUACGUCAUGAUGAGGAAAAAAACAUAUAUAAGUCGCACUGGACUAUAAGUCGCAUUUAUUUAGACCCAAGAACCAAGAGAAAACAUUGCCGUCUCCAGCCGGGAGAGGGCGCUCUAUGAUUUCAGUGUAGACUACAGGAGAACUAUGAGACGGUAAUGUUUUCUCUUGAUUUAUUUUUAAUUCAUUUCUCUUGGUUCAUGUCGAAUUAAUUUUGAUAAAUAAGUCGCACCUGUCUAUAAGUCGCAGGACCAGCCAAACUAUGAAAAAAAAGUGCGACUUAUAGUCCGGAAAAAACGGUAUAUCAUCAAAUUUGUUUAUUUAUUUAUUUUGCCAUUUUCUGUAAGAAAAAAUAAAUGGUAAAAUAAAAAGGAUGGGAAAGGGAAAAAUACUGCCAGGACAAUAUCCCUAAAAUUAUAUUUAUGAUCACAUGAUUUUCAUUUUUGGGUGAAAUAUUCCUUUACAGAUGUGUACACAACAGCGAAGCCCUGUUGCUAAUUUCACAUGCAAAUAAACUGUUUAUGACUUAAAGGCAAAAAAUACAUAUUUAGUGUUGAAGAUCAGCAACAAGAUGUAAAAAACAGUUAUUAGAAACUACAUUUUGACUAUUGUCAGAGCAAAAGAUUAUAAGUGGACCUCAUGGGAAAAUUGUAAACAAUAAAAAUAAUAAUAAAAUGUAUGAUAUGACUCCUUUAAUAGAUCUUAAGAAGGGCAUAGUCUUCUCAACAGCCCUCUGGAAAAUUCACACGCACCAAGAAACCCCAUGUCAACUACAUGUCCACAGUCUGCAAUGCACAGUAGCAAGCCAUAUUUGAGGUCCAAAAUUUCAAGUGUGAAAAGAAGACUUGCCAUUCCUUUAGAAAAAAAAUACCCUGUCCAUCUUCUGAUGAGGAAUGUAAAAAACAACAACAAAGCACUCAUUUUAGUCAUAAUACUUGCUGUUUUUAUGCUGAGUGGAAAUAACACGUCUGCAGGCCGUACAUUUAAAGUGAGCAGAUCGUGAUAAGAAAUUGUUCAAACAAUUUUAAAACUAAAGUUCAUUUCAUACACUGUGCUUUGCUGUACAUGUUUUUGAAUCUGAACUGUACUGUGUGUGUGUAAGUGCUCAGUGUGGACAGCCAUCGUGCUUCUCGUGUGUUUAGUUGGUUUGACACACUUCAUUACUAUUUACUCUGUCUCUCAUAUCAAGAUUCUCUUGUAGUGAUUUGAUGAUGAGCACUUCUGUUAUUACAAACCUUCAUACCUCACGUGAACCAUAUAAGAGGAUGAGUUCAACAUAGACUUAUUAAUGUCACACUUGUCAAAUACACAGCCAUUUUCACUUCUCCGGUAUCUUAAGACUGCCAUAAUGUGACCAGGCCGGAAUGAAUGUAGUUGUAGGUCUGACAGUUUGGAAACAAGAUGCCUAGAUUCUUAUCCAAUCAGAAAGAGACGCAUCGGCAGCAGAUCUGUGUUUCUUUGAGAGGUAAUCCAUCAUCACCAGUACCUCAAUCUCCAGUAUUCAACAGGGUCUAACACACAACAGGACCUCACGCACUUACUUUAAGAAACCAUCCUCAUCCUCAGCGCAGGCACCUCACUGACUAUUGUUUUGUGAACCCAUUCAGUGCAAUAGACCAGGGGUACAGAACUCAGUUUAGUUUCAACCCUGCACCUACAAUGCAGUUUUCAAAUAUGCCUGAAGGACUUGAUCGGCUGGAUCAGGUGUGUUUAAUUGAAGCUUAACUCUGCAGGGCUGUGGACCUCCAGAAACCUGAGUUCUGCACCCCUGCAACAGACCGUAAUUUUAUGUUUGAUAAGUGAUAUAUAGCUAUAGUUUUCUUCUUUAAAAGUCGAACACAAAUGGCUCUGUAUAGUGACAAAGACAAUGAUGCUGGCACAAAUGUUAGUCUGUGUCAUUUUCUUGCUUGUAAAGCAAAAUCUGUGUGCUUUUACUCGAUUUUUAACACUAUGCGUAUAUGGGAAGUUUUUAAGGUGCCCUCUCCUUUAUGGGUCGGUGAUACACCAUCUAUUCCAGUGAUGCAGAAUUGCUGUUAAAUCAUCCUUUGUAGCAUUGUACAUUAUCCUUCUAUGAAACUGUCCUAGUACCAACCUGUAAUGGAUGUGAAAGGCCUGUGAGGUUUUUCCCCUACAAUGGCUCUGUUCAGUGGGUGCAAUGCAGACUAUUUUUAUUUUUUUCUUCCUUUUUAAUAUUUCAGCUUUAUUGAAGAAAAAUUCUACAAAUUUAACUGAUUCUCAAACUGCUGACCAUCACUGGACUUUGGCUUGGUCAAUAUACAUAUAUAUUUUUUAAGAUGUUUGCUUUGAGCCAUUAUAUUCGCAUGUUGUAAAAUUUAACAAAUAAGGUCAUUUUCACAUACAGGAACCAAGUGAAAAUGAUUAAUAAAAAAUGUCCUAUUUGCAGCUAUACAAUCAAUAUAUAAUGUGUGUAUGUGUUCAAUACUGAAAGCUAAAUGUGUGGGAGGGGUUUAACAGUAACUCAGGUAUGUGUGCUACUUUUCACUUUAAAAAUGUUUAAUAAAUGAUUGUUGUCUGUUGUAAA